UUUCCUGAUAAAAGGGCUAACAUCCAUAUGAAGUAUUGGAUAAUAUUUUAUUUCAGGAUAAAACAUUUGUGUGGCUGCUAUUAAAGAGUCCCGGAUCUGAAACUCGAGCUCCAUCGAGCUUAUGUUAGUCCAGUCCCACCCAUCUCCCUCUAGAUUGUAAGCUCCUUUGAGCAGGGCAUUCCUUGCCUUUUCUUUCUAUGUCCGAAUUGUUAUCUGAUGCACUGCCUGUUACGUCCUGUUUGCCUGAUGUUCAAAUCUGCAAAGUAUGGCAGCACCCUAAAAAUCAAUAUAUAAUAAUAAUAAUAUAGUCCCUGAGAUGCAGAAACAGAAGAAUACCAUGGUGUUUCUCGUCUGUUUGCAUUGAGCUACAUCUGUGUCCCUCUCUUCAUUAUUUCAUUUUCCUCUAGUUGCCUCCACUUGUAAUGCCCUCCUCACUUUCCUCUCCAUAUCUCUUCUUGUUCUCUCCUCAUUUCACAUCCCAUGCACAUUUGCACCUACUCUUCCUCUUCGUCUCUCCGUUCAUCAGAUCACAGCUUCUGGACACUGAUAUGGAUUAUGAGCGCCCCAAUGUUGAGACCAUAAAAUGCGUAGUGGUUGGAGACAACGCAGUGGGGAAAACACGUUUGAUCUGCGCACGGGCAUGCAAUGCCACCCUGACCCAGUACCAGCUCCUUGCCACCCACGUCCCAACUGUCUGGGCUAUAGAUCAGUACAGAGUAUGUCAAGAGGUGUUAGAGAGAUCCCGUGAUGUGGUUGAUGAUGUCAGCGUCUCGCUGCGACUUUGGGACACAUUUGGUGACCAUCAUAAAGACAGAAGAUUUGCUUAUGGAAGGUCAGAUGUGGUGGUUCUUUGCUUUUCCAUUGCCAACCCCAACUCCCUCCAGCACGUCCAGACUAUGUGGUACCCAGAGAUCAAGCAUUUCUGCCCUCGAGCCCCAGUCAUACUGGUUGGAUGUCAGCUGGACCUACGCUAUGCGGAUCUGGAAGCUGUGAAUCGUGCUCGGCGUCCACUUGCCAGGCCUAUUCGCCCCCAGGAGAUCCUGCCACCAGAAAAAGGGCGUGAGGUAGCCAAGGAUCUUGGCAUCCCAUACUAUGAGACCAGUGUGGUGGCUCAGUGUGGCAUCAAGGAAGUCUUUGAUAAUGCCAUCCGUUCAGCGCUCAUAUCUCGCCGCCACCUCCAGUUUUGGAAAUCACAUCUACGUAGUGUGCGUAGACCUCUCCCACAGGCUCCCUUCUUGCCCCCUCGACCUCCACCUCCUGUUAUUAUUGUGCCUGACCCGCCAGCCCAGAGUGAGGACCAUGCUGCCCGACUCUUGGAAGAGGCGUCCUGUGCUGAUGUGGUACUAGUAGUUCAAGAGAGGAUCCGGAUUUAUGCGCAUCGCAUCUACCUCUCCACUGCCUCCUCCAAGUUCUGUGACCUAUUCCUUAUGGAGGAUGGGGACCUCCCUGUCCAAAUCAGGGACCCCCUGCUGCGAGCCGCCAGCUUCGAUGCUUGUGAGGGCCCAGGGGAAACAGAGAGUGGAGGCAUGCGAACGUCAGCCAGUGAUGGGACUUUGGGGAGAGAGGGUAGUCGAGACCUCUCUGGGUGGAGCAGGGCCUUUGAAAGCAUCCGCAGUGGAGUAAUGGAAGAACCCCCAGGAUACAGGGCUCGAAGGGUGGCAGUGGUAAAGAUGGACAGUUCAGUGAGGCCUGGGCCAUUCAGGGCAGUGUUGAAGUAUCUGUACACUGGGCAUUUGGAUGAGAGGGAGCCUGAGCUCAUGGAGGUGGCCCACAUUGCAGAACUUUUGGAGGUUUUUGAUCUACGUAUGAUGGUGGCUAACAUCUUGAACCGAGAGGCCUUCAUGAACCAAGAGAUCACUAGAGCGUUUCAUGUCAGAAGGAGCAACCGCAUUAAGGAGUGUCUGGCAAAGGGCACAUUUUCUGAUGUCACCUUUGUGCUGGAUGAUGGAAGUAUAAAUGCUCACAAACCUCUCCUUAUUUCCGGCUGUGAUUGGAUGGCAGCUAUGUUUGGGGGCCCUUUCCUGGAGAGCAGUACAAGUGAGGUGGUGGUACCAUACACCUCGAGAAGCAGCAUGCGUGCCGUGCUGGAGUACCUGUACACCGGGCAGUUCAGUGCCAGGCCAGACCUUGAGCCGCUGGACCUCAUCAUACUGGCAAACAGGCUUUGUCUGCCACACCUUGUGGCCCUAACAGAACAGCACACCGUCUCCGUCAUGCUGGACGCCUCGCUGAAUAACAAAGACAUAGACGGGGAGGCCCUCAUGUUGCUGGAGGCUGCGCAGUUUCAUGGCGCCCAUCAGCUGGCAGCAUGGUGUAUGCAUCAUAUCUCCACCAACUACAAUCGGGCGUGCAGGAAAUUUCCCCGGGACAUCAAAACCGUGUCUCCAGAGAUCCAGCAGGCACUGGAGGCCCAGCGGUGGCCUCCCGUCUGGUACCUGAAGGAAGAGGAUCACUUCCAAAGAGCACAGAGAGAGCGAGAAAAAGAGGCCGCCCUGCACCACAAGAGGCAGCCCAAGAGGCGAUGGCUGUUCUGGAACAGUUCUGGCGCAGGUUCUCCAGCCUCACCUACUGCCCCCUCGUCUGCCGUCGGCUGAGAACCCGUUCCCUGUCGUGUAAAAUGCUCCCCCCAACAGCUAUCACUGCAUCCCCAGAUUAUGGAAGGGUCUGCUUUGUGUCUUGAGUGUGUGAUUGUAUGAAUCCAGGCUGCAUUAAUCACUGCAGAUCAGAUCUCCAAGAAGGAGCCUUUUUUUGCCACGAUAAACAGGUGCUUUUGUCCAAAAAAAAGUUUAUCGGUCUCAAGGAGGCCACCCUGUCGCUGGA